GUUGGGUGCAGGGCCAUCACCUGCAUCGUUCCAAGCGCAGCUCAAUCUUGCUCACUGGUCCGGCGUCUCCAUGGAUAGGCUCAUCGCCUGCCUCCUUGGCGUCCUGUUGAUCGCUUCAGUUGGAAGCCAUGCAGCUCGGGCUCCAGAGCAAUACUGGAAAUCAGCUCUUCCCGACACUCCCAUGCCAAGCUCGCUCUCUCAGCUCCUCAGUAGCACUCCAGGCGGAGACACGUCGGUGAACGUCGGCUGGGGAGGCAUCCAUGUCGACGCGGGCCACGGCAAGCCCGGCGGGACAACCGUUGAUGUCGGCAAGGGUGGCGUCGGUGUAAACGUGAAGCCUGGCUACGGUAAGCCCGGCGGCACCACGGUCGACGUCGGCAAAGGCGGUGUGGGUGUCAACGUGAAGCCUGGCUACGGCAAGCCCGGCGGCACCACGGUCGACGUCGGGAAGGGCGGCGUGGGUGUCAACGUGAAGCCUGGCUAUGGCAAGCCUGGCGGCACCAGCGUCGGCGUCGGGAAAGGAGGGGUGGGCGUGAACGUGCAGCCUGGCUAUGGCAAGCCCGGCGGCACCAGUGUUGGCGUCGGGAAAGGAGGAGUGGGCGUGAACGUGCAGCCUGGGUAUGGUAAGCCCGGCGGCACAACGGUCGGCGUCGGGAAGGGCGGUGUGGGCGUGAACGUGAAGCCAGGCUACGGCAAACCCGGCGGCACCACCGUCGGCGUCGGGAAGGGCGGUGUCGGCGUCAACGUGAAGCCCCGCGGCAAGCCUGUGCACGUCAGCGUCGCGCCUUUCAUCUACAACUACGCCGCAACGGAGACGCAGCCGCACGACGACCCCAACGUGGCGCUCUUCUUCUUGGAGAAGGACCUCCACCCCGGGAAGACGAUGACCGUCCAUUUCACGCCCACCACGGCCGGAGCGAAGUUCCUUCCCCAGAGCGAGGCCGACACCAUGCCGUUCUCCUCCGAGAAGGUCUCGGAGAUCCUUAGCCGGUUCUCCGUGAACCCGGGCUCCGUCGAGGCGGCGGAGAUGGCGCGGACGCUGCGCGACUGCGAGGCUCCGGCGGCUAAGGGGGAGAAGAAGGCGUGCGCCACGUCGCUCGAGUCCAUGGUCGACUUCGCCACGUCGAGCCUCGGGACUAGCCACGUGAGGGCCGUGUCGACCGUGGUCGGGAAGGAGGGAUCGCCGGAGCAGGAGUACACCAUGACGGCGGUGAAGCGCGCGGCUGCCGGCGGCGACACUCUCGUCGCCUGCCACGCGGAGCCGUACGCGUACGCCGUGUUCGCGUGCCACCGGACGCAGGCGACGAGGGCGUACACGGUGUCGAUGGCCGGCAGGGACGGCACGACCGUAGAGACCGUCGCGGUGUGCCACGCCGACACGGCCGGGUGGAACCCGAAGCACAUCGCGUUCCAGGUGCUCAAGGUGAAGCCUGGCACGGUGCCGGUUUGCCACUUCUUGCCGCAGGACCACGUUGUCUGGACCCGCAGCGACUAGCUGAGUAGAUCAGCUGCCAUGCCCAAUCGACCAUACAUGCAUACAUGAUGAUCCUGGUGCCUGGGUUGAUCAUGUUUUAAUUUAGUCUACAUGCAGAUGCUACUGUAUGGUCUCUUACUAUAUAUAUUGCAUAUUUGCACGCAUGCAAUUCAGUACUUGUUAUUUGGAUCUGGAUGGUGCUGCCAGCAUCGCCCACCUGCUAGAUGAUACUGGUGGGCUAGAUGUUUAAUGUAUGGCUAGAUGUUUAAUGUAUAGUUUAGUGUGGGAUGCAAUAAACAGACUGGUAUUUACUUCUC